CGGCAUUGCUAUAGACACAAAAACACUCCAUUACAUCACAAUAGAAUUAUCACACACCGAUCUGUACCACAACUCUCUCACAAUGGAGCACAACAAUAACAAACCAUCCAUUAAACAACGUCAAACAAAAAAAUGCAACAAAAAGAUCCGUCAAAACCCAUCCAAAGAUGGAUAAUGAAACUUCGAAUCCCGAGACUAGGCGAGCAAACCAGAGAAAAACACAAAACUAAGAAAUCUAUAACACAAUAAAAAAAGAGGUAGGCCCCCUGGACUUUAAUGUAGCUUAGAGAGGUGUAGACAGGGGUAGAAAUAUGCAAUUCAAAAAAAAGCGAUAUUCUAUGUAAUUUCUAUAGAUAAAGGCCCAAAUGGAAUCCGAAGAAUAAUUAAGCAAUCUCAUUGAUCACGUGGGUUCACAGCAACAGAGGCGCUGCCCCAUGUUCACGUUGCUGUCAGAUUCUCAUGUCUCUGUAAUUCUUUGAUAAUGACAUGGUCAUUUAUGUACAUUGAUAUUCAAGUAUGCGGCGAGCUCCUUUCUUCACUUUAUCCACUCGAAGCAUAGCUCCGGAUUUUGUUACCAUUGAAUUCCCAAAUUAUCCCUGCCACCCACGUUUUCGCUCUUCUAUUCCUCGUUCUGCUCACAGACUUGUCUUCUUUCUCCUGUAAAAUGCCUUUAAUUGAUGAUCACUAUCACCGAUUUUACCCGUAUCUAACUCGUUCAAUUUCUUGUAACCUGACUCGCUGUGUUCCCCAUAUCAACUCACUGUAACAAUGAGCCGAAUCAGGAGCAUCGAGAUCCUCGAUCCCUACUACCCCUCCCUCUAUGUUAGAGAAGCUUCCAUUUUCACUCCCAAGACCCUAGCUUUUCCGUCGUUUAUAGUAGACGAGGAAACCGAUGAUCUCAGUUUUGCUCUUGAUCUUUUAAAACCCGACCCCUGUGAGCUCUUCGACUCAGUUUCGGAUCUGGUCCAAAUCGAGAAACCUUUGUCUUUUUACUCCUACAAGAGGAUCCAGAAACGAGUCGGGACCGAGUUGUGCUUCCAGACCCUAUGUGAUCGAGUCAGCGCUCUCGAGUCGAGGUUUGAACGGUUGAUCAACGCUAACGUCCACGGCGGAGACCGGAAGUACACGUGGAUGGCGGAGAUCAAGGGACCAGUGGAGAGAAAGUACAAGUGGACUGCAGAGAUCAAAGAAGGAAAGAAGAAUAAAGAAGAGAAGAAGGCGGGAGUUGAGAAGAACUACAAAUGGACUGCUGAGAUUAAGGGAAAAGAAGAGGAGCAGCCGAUCUCUCGAAAGUACACUUUCGAGGUGUCCCGUGGUGAUGCAAGUGAGAGUAGCGGAUCGGGAAAGAAAGAGAAAAAGGAUAAGAAGGAGAAGAAAGGAGGGAAUGGUGUGCGUCUGGUGGAGAUUGAAGAACCCAAUGAUCAUGGGGUUGUAGUUCUUAGACAGGCUUUUGCAAAGAGAGCUGGAGCUUCCAAAAUUAGCAAGGGAAAGCAGAAGGAAUUGUCUCCUCAAGAUGCGGCAUUGUUGAUCCAGCUGACUUUCAGAGCCUAUCUGAUACGUAGAUCAAAGGUUCUUCGUGCCCUUAGAGAGCUGGCAAUUGCCAAGUCCAAGUUGAAGGAGAUCAGAUCAUUGUUCAACAAUUUCUCAUACCGUAGACAAGUGGCCCGUGAUGCAGUGGAACGCCAGAGAUUCUCUGAAAAAAUCAUUGUCCUGCUUCUCACUGUGGAUGCUAUUGAGGGAACUGAUCUGAUGGUGCGAGCAGCUAAAAGGUCAAUGGUGGAUGAAUUGGAGGCAAUGCUUGAUGUGGUGGACCCUCAACCUCCGGGGAAAUUAAAUUCCAUGAAAAGACGGAUAUUUGAUAUGCCUGAUGGCGUUAUAAGGAAGGAAAUAGCUGAAGGUGUGGCUCAGGUUGUGCAAAUGCUUGAUAAUGAAGAGAAUCUCACCAGCACUUUUGAGGCAUGCUUGUGAUGACAUGGGUUUGUAAAAGAUCAUCCCAACUUUGGGUUCAUUUAGCGUCCUGACUUUAUGUUGUGGUGUUGUAAAAUAUGGAGCAUAUCUAAUAUGGUUGAGCUGUUGACUUCCGUUGAUUGGUAGAUUACCUGUGCUCCUUUUGAAUCUGUCCUCCGUUUGAUGAGGAUUAGUUGUAGUAACUUUUUGCUGUAUUUCCGACUACUGCUUUAUUUGAAUAUGCUCAUGACAGCUUUUUUAUUUA